UUUGUAAAAUUAACCCUUUUCCCCCCUUUGUCCUCUCUUCCCCCUCUUCUUCUCCAUCCUCCAGUUGAUGAAUCUCUAUUCUCUCUAAAUCUAGGGCUAGGGUUUCUCACUCGUUAAAAAAAAUGUCAGGUAAGUUGAUGCCCAAUCUCGAUCAACAGAGCACCAAGCUCCUCAACCUCACCGUCCUUCAGAGGAUCGAUCCCUUCGUUGGGGAGAUUCUCAUGACCGCAACUCAUGUAACCUUCUAUGAAUUCAAUAUCGAGCUCAAUCAAUGGAGCCGCAAGGAUGUUGAAGGAUCUCUCUUCGUUGUCAAGAGGAACACUCAACCAAGAUUUCAGUUUAUUGUCAUGAAUCGACGUAGCACAGAUAAUCUGGUGGAGGACCUCUUAGGUGAUUUUGAAUAUGAAGUUCAGGCUCCUUAUUUAUUGUACCGAAAUGGAGCACAAGAAGUAAAUGGUAUAUGGUUUUAUAAUUCACAGGAUUGUGAAGCUGUGGCAGGCCUUUUCAGCAGGAUUCUUAGUGCAUUUUCCAAGGUCCCUCCAAAGCCUAAAGUAUCUUCCGCCAAAAGCAGUGAAUUUGAGGAAUUGGAAGCAGUUCCUAGUUUAGAUGUCAUUGAAGGUCCUCUUGAACCAUCAAGAUCUUCUGUUGCCACGUCGGUGCCUGACGUUCCCGAUAGCUCAUUCGUGAACUUUUUCAGUGCAGCAAUGAAUAUUGGAAAUGCUCCAACUGUUGCAACUGCAGGACAGCCACACCCAUCGUCUGCAAAUACUCCCAUACCUUCAUCACAUUCACCAAAUGCCAUCCCAUCCACCGUGUCGAUUCUUCAGUCUGCACCCUCUCAUCCGACUUCAUCCGCUCCAUUAGUGCCUUUUCUUGAUCCUCAAGAAUCUAGUAACAACCACUCUACAAAUCUUGUUAAACCUUCCUUUUUCUCACCCCCAACUUCUUCAAUGAUGAUGCCGCAAAUUCCAACUUCAGUGCCAACUGCUCCUCCUUUACAUCCUCCGGUGACCAUGCAACGGCCAUAUGGCACUCCAUUACUUCAACCCUUUCCACCACCAAAUCCACCUCCAUCUCUUACUCCUGUUCCAAGUGGACCAGGUAUCACAAAGGAAAAGGUUCGUGAUGCGUUAUUGCGGCUUGUGCAGAAUAAUGAGUUCAUUGAUAUGGUAUACAGAGAGAUGCUGAAUGCACACAAUGCAUAGUUGACCAAGACUCGAUGACUGGUUUUGUUAAAUGUAGAUUGUGUUUGAUGUUUAUCUAGAGUGAGGUUUUGUAUAUCUUCCGUCAAGUCAGUUGUGGUGAGUGGAAUUUUGUUAGUUUGUCCAUUUUGACACUUUGUUCCCCUCUUUUGCCUUUUGCUGUUUAUGUUGUGAAUGGAGGUAUAUUUAAAAGUAUGGCGCAGGAGUUUCAGGUUCAAAGCAUCUCGCAUAUUCUCUUCAAA